GCAAAUAUCUACCAACAUUUCUUAUUCAACAAAGUUACUCGCAUAUCAGUCAAGAAUAAUAUAUAAUUUUUCUCUCCUUAGAUAAUAUCUGUUCUCUAAAAUGAGUUCAACCUGCAACCUUCAGUCUAAUUUUCUAUUGUCACAAAGAAACUUGUGGAAUAAUAUUGAAGGAAGGGGAAGGAAAUUAGGUACAAAUAAUAUUAUGUUUAAGUUCUCCAAACAAAAAACUCCUUCCUCCUCAGCUUCUUGUUCCUUAUCCUACAAGAGCAAUAUUAGUUAUAGUAGUAGUGGAAAAUUUGGAGAAUUUGGCGGCAAAUUUGUGCCUGAACUGUUAAUGACUUGCUUGGAUGACCUUGAACAUGAAUUUUACAAGGCCCUUAAUGAUGUCAAGUUUCAGGAAGAGUUAGGGACAUCUCUAACAGACUAUGUAGGAAGAGAAACACCCUUAUACUACGCAGAAAGGCUAACGAAACACCACAAAGGUAAAGAUGGGUGUGGGCCGGAGAUAUACCUAAAGAGGGAGGAUCUCAACCAUGGAGGUGCUCACAAGAUAAACAAUGCCCUUGGACAAGCCAUGCUCGCCAAACGAAUGGGGCGUAUGAGCAUUGUGACUGCCACAGGUGCCGGCCAACAUGGGGUCGCCACUGCUGCGGUGUGCGCCAAGCUUGGUCUCUCUUGUAUUGUUUUCAUGGGUAACCUGGAUAUACAAAGGCAACCAUCUAAUGUUCGGCUCAUGAAGCUACUAGGGGCACAAGUAAAAUCGGUGGAUGGAAAUUACAAAGACGCAAGUUCGGAAGCAGUCCGAGAAUGGGUGUCAAACUUGGAGACUAGCUAUCACUUGCCAGGUUCGGUUAUCGGCCCCCACCCGUGCCCGACGAUGGUCCGAGAGUUCCAAUCAGUAAUAGGGAAGGAAGUGAGAAAACAAGCCAUGGAGAAGUGGGGUGGAAAACCGGAUGUUCUGGUGGCAUGUGUAGGUGGUGGGUCAAAUGCAAUGGGUUUGUUCCAUGAAUUCAUACAAGACGAGGAUGUGAAGUUGGUUGGGGUUGAAGCUGCUGGAUAUGGACUAGAAAGUGGAAGGCAUUCAGCUACCUUAUCUAAAGGAAUCGUUGGUGUUUAUCAUGGAACUAUGAGCUACUUAUUACAAGAUGAUGAAGGUCAAAUUAUUGGUCCAUAUUCAAUCGGAGUAGGGUUAGAGUGUCCAGGAGUUGGACCAGAACUCAGCUACUUGAAGGAUAAUGGACGUGCGAAAUUCCAUGCAAUCACAGAUGAAGAGGCCCUACAUGCAUACAAGAGGUUAUGUAGACUAGAAGGAAUUUUUCCGGCCCUUGAAGCCUCACACGCAUUGGCUUUCCUAGAAAAACUCUGCCCAACUCUACCUGAUGGAAGCAAGGUCGUGGUCAGCUGCAGUGGACGCGGUGACAAGGAUGCUGCCACCGUUCAGAAGUUUGACAAUCUGCACGCAAUUACUGCUCUGAUGGCCAAAAGCAACUCAUCAAACACCUCUAAAGAUCUCUUUGAUUCAGAAGUUUGACAAUCUGCACGCAAUUACUGCUCUGAUGGCCAAAAGCAACUCAUCAAACACCUCUAAAGAUCUCUUUGAUUAUGAUACAACUUGAUUUAGUCAUACUAUAUCUUUUGCCAUCUCACUCUUGCCUGCUAAUUAUCCGUGAUAUUCUCCAUAAUUCUAGUCUCAUCAUCUCUUCAAUAAUCUCUCCCGUGUACACUUAGGAAUGUAUCUCUAUAUAUUGAUGUAAUACUGUCAAUAAACAUAUACAAUUAUUCAAACUUCAUAGUCUCCCUAAACAGUGUACAGUGACUGCAGUAAUGAUUCACCUGAAGAAAAUAAAGCUACUGAGUACAACGGCAUUACACAAGAAGAAACCUAUGCAUGUAACUAGUAUGUAGUGCUUAUGUAAUGAGAAGAGGAUAUGUGCAUUUUGCCAGUAA